GUGCAUCCUAGGAGAGUGAACACAACGACGAGCGUAGUCCCAUUCGCGAAAGAAAGAGAGAGAGGGAAAACGUCGUGAGUAAAAGAGCAGUGGGAGCGGGAUACAAUAGUAAUCACACGUACAGGCACCCACACGAGAAUGGAUUUACAGCCAAUGGAACACAUUUCGGACAGGCUGAAUGUGUAGAGAAAACACACGAGUGAUAAGCGGCAGCGACGAGAGCGAGAGAGAAAACGAGAGACGGGGACCGAGAGAGAGAGAGAGAGCGAGAAAGGACGGGAAGUGCUUUUGGUGCGUUGGCGAUUCUUGGCCCUGGGGGAAAGUGUACGAGAAACAGUGUUUUCGGAUAAACCGAUGCGGAACGUCGUAGUACAACGAGACGAGAAAAAGCUCACAGGGUUGAAUAAAAAAGAAGUGCAGUUACAACGGUCGUGUCAGUGAGGCUAAAAUUUGUUCGCGUGUGAGACACACGGCUGUCAAUAGGAAAAAAAUAUUGUAAAAUGUGUUACCGAGAGACUAUAGUGUGAAAAUAGGUGGUUUUUAAAGAGCGAGGAAGAGGGAAAAGAGGAGGAGAGUGAGGGACGGAGGAUCGAGUGUAUGCAAUAGACAGAUAUAUACAAAUAGAAUCUGGCGAGAAGAAUAAAAACAGAAAGAGGGGGAAGAAGAAGCACUGCGAUUUCGUGCUCGUUCGUGUACGCGAUAGACGUUAUCCAGAAGCGAAAUAUACGCGAGAGUGAACGGACAUUGAAGUAACGAAAGAGGAAAAAAACGCUGCUUUGUUAUUAUUCUCUCGGUCGCGGUGUUGCAUCCGCGUCCGAGAAAUAAAAACAAAUAGAUUCUUCCGAUAUUCAAAUAUAGUGCGAACACAAAGAACGGUUUUGUAUUUUUCAAAGAUAUAAUUAUUCUCUGAUAUCGAGUUGUGUCGUCGUCGUCGUCGUCGUCGUUCUCGUCGUCGUUGCGGUCAUCGGGAGUGCACACGAAAUGACCCGCUAAUCAAGGACGGUCGUGAUUCGAGCGAGGACAAAGGGAGAUCGAGAAGGUGCGCGCGCGAUCCCGUGACUAUUCGCUCGAACGACCACGGGCAUAAUUUCGCGCAAACUGUUCAAUUCUCGUAAUGCCUCAACGUAAUAAACGUUAAUCCAUACGUUAAAUUCUCAUUAAAACCUUUUUCGAAGCGUCCUUGUCAAAUUUUUGACUCGUUAGUUAGCAAUAUUCACUGGUUCAUUGAGUUGAAAAGUGUGUGUUCGGAAAGACAGCGAGCGAGAGAGAGGGAAAAAGUCAUGUUUACAUCGUAUGUUUUCGAAUUUAUCUCGAACGUGAUUAAUCGUGGACUUUUGAUAAAUCCUCUACUCUCCUCGGGUCUCGUGUGUAUCUCUUUCUCCGUUGCGUCGCCAAUGCUUCUGGAUUACACCGCGAACGACGUAGGAGUCAACGAAUAGAAGGAUAAAAAGGCGACAAAGAAAUAAAAAUAAUAAGCAGAAGAAAUAAGGAGCGCCGAGCGUGUUUGCAGCUGCUAUAACGCUACGAGGGAAGGGGAUAGCGCGUCAACACACAAGAAAGAGAGAAAGAAAGUAAAAAAGAGAAAAGAGAAGAAGACAAAGAUAUAAUCGUACGUCGAAAAGCAGCACUAGGCGCGGAGAGAGAGUGUAGAGUUUGCUGCGGAAAACGGCGUGUGUAUCUUUGCCAACGGUCAGCAGCAGCAACGCGAGUGGGGAAGUGCGUGCGAAAGAGCGACGGAGACAGGAGUAUCCAAAGGCAUUUUUUCUUCUCUCAGCUGAUCGGAGUUUUCCGUGUGCGCGCGUGUGUGGGACGUUCGUUACUCAAGUUUAUUUUUCUCGUGCGUGUUUUUAUCUCGCGUGCAGUGUAAUUUCGUACACACCGAAACUUGGAAUUUUUCGAAGUGUUGUGAUUCCAUAGGAACUCGAUAAUAAAAACAAAAAACUAGGAACAAUGUCGUCACCGAGCGCUGGAAAACGGCGUAUGGACACGGACGUUAUCAAGCUUAUAGAGAGCAAGCACGAGGUCACGAUUUUAGGGGGCCUCAAUGAAUUUUCCGUCAAAUUCUACGGACCACGAGGGACACCUUACGAGGGUGGCAUCUGGAAAGUGAGGGUUCAUCUACCGGAACACUAUCCCUUUAAAUCGCCCUCGAUUGGCUUCAUGAACAAAGUAUAUCAUCCGAACAUCGACGAAGUUUCGGGCACGGUCUGCCUUGAUGUAAUUAAUCAAGCUUGGACUGCCCUUUACGAUUUAUCGAAUAUCUUCGAGUCGUUUUUGCCGCAGUUGUUAACAUAUCCGAAUCCAAUUGAUCCACUGAACGGCGAUGCGGCGGCCAUGUAUCUUCAUAAACCUGACGAGUACAAGAAAAAAGUCGCAGAUUACGUGAGGAAGUACGCGACGGAAGAGGCUCUGAGAGACCAGGAGAACGGUGGUACAGGAAACGGAAUGUCGUCGGACAGUGAAUCGUCAAUGAGCGAUUUCAGUGAGGACGAGGCGCAGGAUAUGGAGUUGUAACCAAAAAUAAUCCCAUUAUCCAUAUCCCUGCCAUCAAAAAACCGACCACCAAAAAGCCCUGUAACGUUUAUGUCGAUAUUGCCGAUCGCGAUUAGCUGUAAAUUAGGAUUUUUCAUCCCGCCGAAUAGCAGCUCGUAUUUCGAGGUAUUUCGAGGGGCUAAUUAAAAUGAAAAGCGUCAACAACUCCCGUGAUUAUGGCGAAUCGACAUUGCAAUAUUUUUCGUCAUUCGACGAACGCGCGACGUUAAUCCCUUUGCGUACGUCAACCGAACGGGGUUACCAUUUCGUUUUUUUGUUUUUUCUUCCGUCACUGCUUCUUCGGCCCGGCGAUUUCUCGUUAUUUUGUUAAUACAAUAUAAAUAAUAAUAAUAAUAUUAAAAUAAUAAUAAUGAUAAUAAGAAUAAUAACAAUAAUAAUAGUAAUUAUCAAUGCUAGUUGUAACGAUGAUGUUGAACGAUUACGACGAUGCACCACCGGUUGUGCUAAUCUCAUUUUGGCUAAGACGUCGUCCAUCCGAGUUACGAGCAAGACGAAUCGUCACACUGCAUCAAUAUUUCUAGACUGAUGAAAUACAAAAAAACCAUGAAAGAACGCAAAGAUAAGUCAGUUCGAAUCAACGAACGUCGAUGGGUUACUCCUGCGAAUUUCUACGUUUGUUCUUCAACGCCGAUCCAUUGUUAUUCCUUCUUUUAACUUUCUGGUCCAGUCAAACCCUCGGGGUGGCAAUAUUUAUAAUAUUUAUGUUCAUAUACAGAUUUUUUCGCGCAUCUCUCGGUCGAAGCAUAUUUUCUUGUAUCUCAUUCGAUAAUCAGUUUGGUCGUAUUCUUUAAACACGGUGAACUUGGAGAUAUUGACAAAAAAAUAUAUUAAAAUAGUUGUAUUUUUGCUGAAUUAACUGCCAAAAAGGCAAGAAUCGCCGUUACUAUCCAGUGGCAAACUGCUUCGUUUUAUUUUUUUACAAGAUGGAAAAGUCCCUUGAAAAUAAUAUUGAAAACGUUGGAAGACAGAGCAUCGAGUUUCCUUAUGAGAAUAAUCAAGGAAAGGAAUAAUCGAAGCUGAGGGCUAAUUUUGUUAACGUAUUCCAGUCAGAAUAUGUAUUUUAUACUUUUUUUUUUUUUCGUAACGAAUGUGAUCAAAAAAUUAAACUUGCAAAUCGUACUCGCUCAGCCUGUGUUGUCCAUUGUAAGGGUUUAUUUGAUAAAUAUAAAAAAAACGUUAUCGGAGCCUUUGAGUCGCGUAACCCAUCGACGUCUUAAAAUUUCUCGUCGUCGGCGUUGCUCUUUCGAUUCGGUUUCUUCGCUUCUUAGAUUUUCAAUGAAAUAGGCAGCGUUUAUGAGUUUAUUUUAUCUCGCCGAGACACACGUUCAUUGCUUCAUAAGAAAUAAAAGAAUUUCGCACCGAAGAAAUGGAUUGAAUUUGUGAAGAAUAAUCGAAGAAGCAAUAUGAUAUUAAUGGCGCUUUUUAAGCAUUAAAUUCAAAUAGCCGCUUACACGCGUCUCUCAGUUUAUCGCGAAAUACAGUCCAAACGGAUAAAAUUCAGCCGCGAUAACAUCGUCUUCACCAGAUCUCACUUUAUUUACGUUAUUCUCGUUUGUUACGAUCGAAUCUAUCGAGUACUCGUUGUGUAUCAUAUUCGUUCAAUGUACCACGUACAUUGACGUAUGAAUUUUUUAGAAAUUCUCGUCGUUUGUUAUGACAAGUGGAAAUCUAGCGUUAAAUAAUCUAACGAGAACGAUUUUAUCUUUUCUUAUUGUCCACAACGCCAUUUUUUGCCUUGAGGAAUUAUUCAUUCGGAAAAGUCUGCGCUCCGGUCGUUAUUCGAACGAAAAAAAUCAGCUCCCCCUCUCCAUAUAAUUAUGUGCACUUGGAUUCUUGUUUUUUAUUGAUACGAGAGGUUGUUUUUUCGUCGGACAACUUUCGACGUCUCGAUUUUUCGAAUAGUCUCUCGCAAGUUUUUCAAAUUUUUAUCAUUUCGCUCCUAUUUGCUGGAUGAGACAUUUUUUAAAAAUGUUUUUCUCCUUUGCCCAUUUUUAUUCGACUGUUUUUGCUCAAUUUUCUUCGUGUCACAAUUUUUUCCGGGCGCAUUUUGAUUUUCCAAAACUGUCUGGUCCGAGGCUUCGUUUGCGAAUAAAAAUUUAACUUUUAUACAAAUUCACAGUGCUACUAUAUUGUUUUCGGUAUAUUUUACAAAAAUGUUUAACGCCCCCCCUAUUUUUUGAAUAAUAAACGAAAUUUUUCGAAAACUCCUCGACGCUUCGUUUGUUUACCAUUUUUUCAUUUUUAUUCAAAAAACAUUGUGAAAAUUUCAUUCAAAAUUGUAAUUGCCCACUCGAUGUUCCCAGAGUUUUUGGCUUUUUCGAAAAUUCUAGAUCGACCAAUGAAUGAAACAGGGGGGGGAAUAAAUUGGGGAUAAAAUCAACGCUAAAAUGGCAGAAUUCAGAGCCACACUUGGUCCGAAUCAAUAGUCAAUAAUUUAAUACCCGUUGCUGAAAAAUAGAGACUAUUACGAGAGCGAUUUGAUGUAGAAAAUGAUACGGAGGCCUUUCAUUCGAUUGUACGAGGCUUGAAAAAAAAUGUUUUUCAAACGAUUUAAUUAAGGGAAGAAGAAAAGAGUAUUAGUGAACGGAGGGCAUAUUCGGAUUUUCGUUUGAUCGAAUGAGCAUUGCUCAACGUCCGCAUUGGGACCUGCUACGAUUCUCGCGCAAAUUUAAAUUUCAAAAAAAUAAAAAAAAAAAACACAAAAAUGUACAAAAUAUCCAGCGACCAAUAAUUCUUAGCUGGCUCCGAAUGCUCUUUCAGUUCCGUUGUAUCUUCAAUUUCAUUAAAAGCACGUUGUCAACUCUCACGUGAAAACAAAAAAAACAAUUGCAAUUCAUAAUCGAUUCGUGUCAUUAAUGAAACCAAAAAAUAAGCAGAGAGAAAGAGAGAGAGUGGGGAAGGGGCCGAGCAUUGUGGCGAAGAUAAAAAUGUAAAACAGAAGCAAACUCGUUAAUUCCAAGUUCGCACGUGAUAAAAAGAGAAAAAAAAAAUAAAAAGGAAAUAGUAGAAUAUCAAUAACAACGGAAUAUUUAUUACACGUGCGAUUAAAAAAAAUGAAAAAAAAAAA